AGUCGCACAGUCUUUCAGCGUCAGUUGUGUUUUGUCAGCGCGUUCGUCACGAAGCCAAAGCGACGCCGCAGCGCCAGAAAGGAAAAUAAAAACAAAACGGAAACAACAAUAACAACUACAACAACAACAACAACAACGAGAAGAACGACAACGACAAUAGGCAAAUACAAAUUACGAAAAGUGCCUGACUCAAAGUGAAGACUCGAUUUGGUUUUGUUUUCUAUUUUUUUUGUUUGUUGUUGUGUUAGCGCUAGUGUGUGUGUGUGUGUGUUGGUGUGUAUGCCUAUUGCAUGAGCCAACUGACAAGAUGGGCCAAGAGGAUCAGGAGCUAUUGAUACGCGGCAGCAGCAAGCAUCCCUCUACCGAGCAGUUGCACAAUGGGGAGCCCGCAACGGCGACAUCAACGUCGAUGGCGCCCACUUCGCAGAGCUGCAUUAGCCAAAGCUUUGGCCAGGCCAAGAACUAUGGCUCGUUCAGCAGAUCCGAUGACACACAGUUGCCGGAGACGCUCACCUAUGCCUGGCACAAUGUCGACAUCUUUGGUGCAGUCCAUCAGCCGGGAUCCAAUUGGCGCCAGCUUGUGAAUCGCACCCGUGGACUCUUCUGCAACGAGCGACAUAUUCCUGCACCGCGCAAGCAUCUCCUUAAAAAUGUUUGCGGCGUGGCCUAUCCGGGUGAACUGUUGGCUGUAAUGGGCAGCUCCGGUGCCGGCAAGACGACCCUAUUGAACGCGUUAGCCUUUAGGUCGCCGCAGGGAGUUCAGGUGUCGCCGUCGAGCGUGCGACUGCUCAAUGGCCAGCCGGUGGAUGCCAAGGAGAUGCAGGCACGGUGCGCCUAUGUGCAACAGGAUGAUCUAUUCAUUGGCUCACUGACGGCUCGGGAGCAUCUCAUCUUCCAGGCGAUGGUGCGCAUGCCACGGCAUUUGACCUUUCGCCAGCGGGUGGCGCGUGUCGAUCAGGUCAUCCAGGAGCUGUCGCUGAGCAAGUGCCAGCAUACGAUUAUUGGGGUGCCUGGACGUGUCAAGGGGCUGUCUGGCGGUGAGCGGAAGCGUUUGGCCUUUGCCUCGGAGGCACUCACCGAUCCGCCGCUGUUGAUUUGCGAUGAGCCCACAUCGGGUCUUGACUCGUUUACCGCUCACAGCGUCGUCCAGGUGCUCAAAAAGCUGUCGGAGAAGGGCAAAACCGUUAUACUGACCAUACAUCAGCCAUCGUCGGAGCUGUUUGAGCUGUUCGACAAGAUACUCCUCAUCGCCGAGGGUCGUGUCGCAUUCCUUGGCACACCAAGCGAGGCUGUCGAUUUCUUCUCCUAUGUUGGCGCCCAGUGUCCGACCAACUACAAUCCGGCCGACUUCUAUGUGCAGGUGCUGGCGAUUGUGCCAGGCCGGGAGCUGGAGUCGCGUGAGCGAAUUGCCAAGAUUUGCGAUAACUUCGCCAUUAGCAAGGUGGCGCGGGAUAUGGAGCAGCUGUUGGCUGCCAAGGCCCAAACGCAGCCGUUGGAACAGCCCGAGAAUGGAUAUACAUACAAGGCGACAUGGUUUAUGCAAUUCCGUGCCGUACUCUGGCGCUCCUGGCUCUCCGUGCUGAAGGAGCCACUGCUCGUGAAAGUGCGACUCAUACAAACAACGAUGGUAGCUGUGCUAAUUGGGCUGAUCUUUCUGGGCCAGCAGCUUACGCAGGUGGGCGUGAUGAACAUCAACGGAGCCAUCUUUCUCUUCCUGACAAACAUGACAUUUCAGAAUGUGUUUGCCACCAUUAAUGUGUUUACGUCGGAGCUGCCCGUGUUUAUGAGGGAGUCGCGCAGUCGCCUUUAUCGAUGCGACACCUACUUUCUGGGCAAGACUAUAGCUGAAUUGCCGUUGUUUUUAACCGUGCCGCUUGUGUUCACAGCGAUUGCAUAUCCGAUGAUUGGUCUGCGGGCGGGUGCGCUGCACUUUUUCAACUGCCUGGCGCUGGUCACACUAGUGGCCAAUGUGUCCACCUCGUUUGGCUACUUGAUAUCCUGUGCCAGUUCCUCAACAUCGAUGGCGCUCUCGGUGGGUCCGCCUGUUAUCAUUCCAUUUCUGCUUUUCGGUGGGUUCUUCCUCAACUCAGGUUCGGUGCCCAUCUAUCUGAAAUGGUUGUCCUAUCUGUCCUGGUUCCGUUACGCCAACGAGGGCCUGCUAAUCAAUCAAUGGGCCGAUGUGGAGGCCGGCGAGAUUAGCUGCACCUCCUCAAACACAACGUGUCCCAGCUCCGGCAAGGUUAUACUGGAAACGCUAAACUUCUCGGCCGCAGAUCUGCCGCUCGACUAUGUCGGAUUGGCCCUGCUCAUUGUUUGCUUUCGUGGAUUCGCCUACUUGGCGCUGCGAUUGCGCGCCAGGCGCAAGGAGUGACGCCGCCAGCUAAUGUUUACAUAUGCACAUGUAUAAAUUAUAAAUGAUUUUUUUUUAAAUUUUUAUUACUUUUGUGUCAAACAUAGACGAAAAAACUAUGCUAUGAAAACUACAUUUAAUGUUAGUAGGCGAUUAAAUAUGCUUUAUACACACAACGAAGAAAAAAAC